AGUGGGUCUUCCACGUACCAUUCCUUGUUCAGGUAGAAAGGCGGGAAGCGCGCCCUUAAUUUAUUUUAAAAUUCUGCGUUGCCUAAAGGACGGACAUAAUGCCCUCCCCGCAGCCUAAUGCGGGUAAAGGAAGGCUCUUGUUCCUCAAAGUCUGUAAAAGACACGUGAAGCUGGCAGCAGCCCUGAUGGCCUCGCUGUAGCAGGAGAGGAUGCGUAGUUCCUCUUUUUGGACGCGGUUCCUGCCGGUCUCCCCACGGCUGCUCAUUCUCGGAGAGAUGCUGGUUAAAACAGGCAAAGCUGAAGGGAUUUCUAGUGUCCUAAUGGCCGUCGUGCUGUGUCAGAUGUUGCAAAGGGCAGUGGUGAAUCCAGCUGCCAGCACUACUGUGCGUGCUGGGUUUGCCCUGGAUGAAAUUGUAAUCCUGAAUGAUGAGUUUUCUUCCAAGAAAAUACUAAUGCAGAUGGACAAGGUAACUAUCCAGAGGAAACCAUUGGGCUACAUCUGGGUAAACUGUUUACAACGGAAGCAUUUUACUUGCUAUUAGCAGAGAUCCGCUCAAGUCCACAUGUUGCCUAGGAGGACAAAUGAGCACCAUAAUUGGAAAACUAUAGAAAUCUGAAUGAUAGGAUUAUUUAUCUAAAAGCUGGUCUCGUAAUACUUUAACAUAGCAAUAGAAGUUCCAUAUUGCUGUACUUAGUACACUAAUUUACAAAACUCGAGCUAGUUACAUAGUAACAUAGUCAAAGGCAACCUUUUCUGCCUUUAUUUUUGGCCUACUUUUUUACUUUACACCCCUUUACCUGGUCAUAAAUAAAUUCAUGUUUCAAACUGAAGUAGUCAUUUUAGUAAUAGCAAAUUGUAUUUAAAAAUUAACUUAGUAAUUUUAGUAAUAGGAGAUUCCUAACAGCUAUUUUUAAAAAUCCCUUAAUUCUUUGGAUAAAGUGGAUGUUUUGAUUUGUAUCUAUGCCCUUCUAUUUGCGAUGGGUAAGCAACACCAGUGUCUUAAAUUUCUCUUUAGUUCUAGCUGGAUGUAGCCGCUCAGCAGGCAUGAAGGAUCCCUGUGUAGCUGUAGAAUGACUAGCACUGCUCUGGCCAUCUGGGGACCUCCAAGACUUUGGGGAUAGUAUUAUAUCUCUUUCUAAAUGGAUUUGUUAUAGGUCUAUAACGGUUGCAACUUCCACAGUCAUCAAAGUAUAGUUUGAAUAUGUGUAAGUUGGAUGUGACUGAAUUAAGCCCACUUGUAACAUGGGAGGAGGGGGGAGAGGGAGAAGAGGGGGGGUUUCCCUGGAAAAAAGUGUACUAUUAUAGUCUAUUGCACAUUUGCUUAGGGAGUUUUAGAAAAAGACAAAUGCUGAAGUGGAUCAGGUUACUCGGUCAUAGUUGUUCAGAGCUUCUUUUUUCUUUUUAGUUUAAACUCAUAUCCCAGGCAUAUGAAGUUCUGUCGGACCCAAAGAAAAGGGACCUCUAUGACCAGGGUGGGGAGCAGGCUAUUAAAGAAGGAGGCCUGAGUGGCGGCAGCUUCUCUUCACCCAUGGACAUCUUUGACAUGUUCUUUGGUGGUGGAGGCCGAAUGAAUAGAGAGAGAAGAGGCAAAAAUGUUGUGCACCAGUUAGGUGUAUCUCUUGAAGACUUAUAUAAUGGUAUUACAAGGAAACUGGCACUGCAAAAGAAUGUUAUUUGUGGAAAGUGUGAAGGUUAUGGUGGAAAGAGAGGGGCGAUAGAAAAAUGCUCUGUGUGUAAAGGAAGAGGAGUGCAAGUUCUAGUUCAGCAGAUUGGACCUGGCAUGGUACAACAAAUCCAAACUGUGUGUCCAGAAUGCAAAGGCCAAGGUGAAAGAAUAAAUCCGAAGGAUAGAUGUGACAACUGCAACGGCUGUAAGGUUGUAAGAGAGAAAAAGAUCAUAGAAGUUCACGUUGAUAAAGGUAUGAAAGAUGGUCAGAAGAUAGUAUUUCAUGGAGAAGGUGACCAGGAGCCUGAUGUGGAGCCUGGUGAUGUUAUAAUUGUGCUUGAUCAAAAGGAUCACAGUGUCUUUCAGAGGCGAGGGCAUGACUUAAUCACAAAAAUGAGAAUUCAACUCUCAGAGGCUUUAUGUGGUUUCAGAAAGACCAUUGAAACACUGGACAACAGAGUUCUUGUCGUAUCAUCUAGGCCAGGUGAAGUGAUAAAACAUGGUGACCUGAAGUGUAUCCGCAACGAAGGGAUGCCUGUCUACAAAUCUCCAAUGGACAAAGGCAGCUUAAUUAUACAAUUUCUGGUCCAGUUCCCAGAGCACUACUGGAUCCCGAGGGAGAAGCUGUGUCUGCUGGAGGCUCUGCUUCCUCCACGAGAAGAUGUUAUGAUUACAGACGAGAUGGAUCAGGUAGACCUGGCAGACUUUGAUCCAAGUGAGCAAACCUGCCGUAACAGUGGGGGAGAAGCUUAUGAAGAAGAUGAGGAGGGUCCAAGAACAGGAGUACAAUGUCAGACAUCUUAAAGCAAGGUGGAAUGGAUGUCAUCUAAAUGUAAAUUUUCACAAUGAAAACUGCAUGGCUGUAAUAGCCACUGCUUGUGGUUUUUGUGUUCAGCAAAUUGAGUUGCUGCGCUGUCAGUUAUCACCUUUUUGUAACUAAUUUAUAUUGUGUUCUUGUAGUCUUUAUAUAAAACGUCACACAGCUGAGAACCGACUGAGUUGGUAUACAUUUUCCUUUGCUGUGAAGGUUCUCAAUUUAUUUCACCUAUGCUAUUUCUAGAAGACUUUGGCAAUAUUGAUAGAGGCUAAGUGGAGUGUCUUAUGUAAAUACUUUCAUACUGGAAAAUUAAUUUCAUAGAAUAAAUCAUAGGAGAAAUAACUUCUAAUAAAUAGAACUCUUCACAUUUUAUCAUGCUUCUCUCGUACUUUCUAAGCCACACUAGAACCCUCUUUAUUUAAGUUUCUCUAAGCUCAGACUAUCAUCUGAUCAGGAUUGUUCUCCAUAUUCAACUUUGUUAGCUGUAAUGCUAGUACCUGUCUCAUUUUGUAUUUCAAAAGCAUUUUGUGCAUGCCUCACUCAUUGCAUAACAGCACUCCUCCCUCUGUUCAUUUGCUGUAGUAGUGUUUCUGCUGCUGUGCUCUAUGUAAGUGUAACUUAAAAUUUUAAGGUAUCCUAAUGUGUAUAGUGUGUACCCUACAUACUUCUAAUAUACAUACAGGUAGCUACAUAAGAAAUAUUUUUUUGAUCUUUCAGAAGCUCCAGCUCUAGAUUUCAGCCUUCCCUAGAAAGGGUUUUUACUUCCUCUUAGGCACUGUGUAUUUGAGCCUUAACUAUGAUGAAUAAAACAAAACCACAGGUGUUGGGUAUACUGCUGCUCUUCUAUAACACAACAAGAUACCAUCCUAGAAUGAUAAUAUUAAAGGUUUUUUCCUUUU